AUGGCCAAACAAUUUUGCCAUUUGGAUUCAGGAAAAUUAGACGCUUCAACUAAACUUGAUAAAGCGAAAAAUAUUGAGGAUUCCAUUAGCUCAUCACCUCAACACAUUGAUCCAAGUCAGAAAAAGAGCAUCAAUCCAAUAAAAAACUCCAAAGGAACAAAAAAACAGGGAUGGUAUCUCUCUGGCAAAGCACCCCGGUUUGCUAAUGUUAUGUCUCUUGAACGUUCAUCCAUGUCGAUAAGAUCUAUCCAACCUGAUCAGAAAUGGUUGGAUUUAUCUGGUCGUGGUGUUACUGAGUUGCCUGAAUAUCUUAAAAAUUGUCGUAAACUGAAAGAGCUGAAUCUAUCUAAUAACUGUUUAAGCCAUUCGUAUAUAUCUUCUUCCUUGAAAUCAAUGUAUUGGCGUAGUUUGAACAAGGAAUAUUUAUCUUGUUGUGGUCUUACUGGGUUGACUGAAGGUCUUAAAGAUUGCUACGAACUGGAAGAGCUCGAUCUAUCUAAUAACCGUCUAAGCCAUUCAGAUUUUUCUACUUUGGUACGUAAUUCUCGAAAUGAUUUGAAAAAAUUGAAUUUAUCUGGUUGUGGCCUUACAGUGUUGCCUGGUUAUCUUGAAGAUUGCGACAAACUGGAAGAACUGAAUCUAUCUAACAACCGUCUAGGCCAUUCAGAUACAUUUUCCUUGAAAUAUUUACCUUGGCACAGCUUGAAAAAGUUGAAUUUAUCUUGUUGUGGUCUUACUGGGUUGCCUGAAGAUCUUGGGGAUUGCCACGAACUGGAAGAACUUAAUCUGUCUAACAACCGUCUGAGCCAUUCAGAUAUAUCUACUUUGAUACGUAUGUGUGGAGAUGUGUUGAAAAAGUUGGAUUUAUCUGGUUGUGGUCUUACAAAGUUGCCUAAAGAUCUUCGAGAUUGCCACGAACUGGAAGAACUUAAUCUGUCUAACAACCGUCUGAGCCAUUCAGAUAUAUCUACUUUGAUACGUAUGUGUGGAGAUGUGUUGAAAAAGUUGGAUUUAUCUGGUUGUGGUCUUACAAAGUUGCCUAAAGAUCUUCGAGAUUGCCACGAACUGGAAGAACUUAAUCUGUCUAACAACCGUCUGAGCCAUUCAGAUAUAUCUACUUUGAUACGUAUGUGUGGAGAUGUGUUGAAAAAGUUGGAUUUAUCUGGUUGUGGUCUUACAAAGUUGCCUAAAGAUCUUCGAGAUUGCCACGAACUGGAAGAACUUAAUCUGUCUAACAACCGUCUGAGCCAUUCAGAUAUAUCUACUUUGAUACGUAUGUGUGGAGAUGUGUUGAAAAAGUUGGAUUUAUCUGGUUGUGGUCUUACAAAGUUGCCUAAAGAUCUUCGAGAUUGCCACGAACUGGAAGAACUUAAUCUGUCUAACAACCGUCUGAGCCAUUCAGAUAUAUCUACUUUGAUACGUAUGUGUGGAGAUGUGUUGAAAAAGUUGGAUUUAUCUGGUUGUG